UUUAAUGGUCCCAUCACCCUAAUUGCCAGCAACGUAUUGUAUGGGGAAAAAAGAGUUCACUGACAGCGAUAGAAUGUUUGAUACUUUGCAAGCCGUAUGGAAAGUGUAUCUUUUUUUGUUGUUGCUGAUAGACUCAUUGGCUAAAAGGCACACUGCUCCAGCCCACCACUCUCCACUUCCCGGAAAAGUGCGAGCUGAAUGCAGAGUGAGGGCAAGACCCCCAUAGAUUUACAAACACUAGAGUUGUAGCUGUUGGCUCCGUGCCAGCUCCGUUCUCUGUGAUGGAGAACUCGGACGGAGUCUGCGUCGGCGCCGAGUGCCAGAUGCGUGACCGAACCUUUCAUUUAUUCGUUUCAGGGGACGGUUGUGAUACUAGUUUCUUCGGAUUUAGAUUGCAUAGACAGAUGCACGAGAUAGAAGUUUAAUCUCUCGUGUCUCUGACUCGUGCGACGCGCCCCGUGCGAGAAAUUUCACAUAACACUCCUUGCAGCCAAUAAAGCAAUUACGGCUUCGGAGUUUGUUCGUUGUUCAUCGUCUCUUUUCAAAAUGUUUCGUUCAAACUGCUCGCCAGACAGCCUCGAGCUUCACGAUGGUUAAGCAUCUUUUCUCACUCGAGAUAACCUCCUACGUUACCCUAUUUUCUCCUCGAAAGAAGUAGGUAAUCUUAUAUCUCAUGCCGUAAAAUAUUGAUUAAUGUUAUAUCGAUAAAAUAUUAUCACAUUAAAUUGUUUAUACGUGAAAACAAUUUUCCAUACAUAAUCAUAGCGUGCAGAAAAGAUUCGCUAAAUUGCAUGGUCAUGAAGGCGAUUAUUUGAUGAAAUAAUUGUUCUCUCUCCGCAGAAGUAGCCGUGGUAGUAAAGCAUAAUUAGCCACAGCGUCUGGGUGCGAGCACUCCCCAAGGACGCCAAUCACGAGCUCAACUGCCUCCUCAUUAUCACCCGAAACAGACGUCCAGCCCCGUGCAAAAGCGCCACAGAACAAGGUACAUUGAUGCCAAAAGAUGCGUACGAGUGUAUGGCUAUGUUGUGGUCCUCGUGACGUGCGCGCGGGACAUGCAAGGAGCGAGUGCCAGACGCGGGCAGUGGCUCUACUCGGCCGACCUAGUGCCACUAGACCAGUUAUGAGAGAGCCGGGGAAGGCGCCACUCCCUACGCUCUCGUCCUUGUGGCACUGCCGUGUGCUGUGACUUCGCGCGGCGGUUUGCGGUGUUUAUCAGUGCUUUCAUGUUCCUAAGGUUUGAUAAAGAAGGAAAUCUAAAGAAAAAGACAAGUGAGCUAUUUCACAAUGUGUCCUUUGGCUCUUCGUGAAAAAUAACUAAGUGCGUGUAGUAAAUCGGUAUAAUAAUUAAUAAUAAAGAGAAAAAUUGUGCCAGCCACGUAAGAAAGCUUUUCAGUGAUUACAGCUUUAGUUCCAACGCAGUGCAAGGCAAUGUAGGGCAAUGAGAUAUCACUCAGAAGAAAAAAGUUAACAAUGGUUUGCUAGAAGCGAAGGUGCUCCCCCUCUGGGUGGAAGACACUGUUUGUUUAUCGGGUAAAGUAGAUUGUUGGAGGGUCCUCCGGCCGCCCACGCACGGCGUUCUAACUCCUCCACGAGAUGGCUGACUCCGGCCUCAGCUCCACGCCGGAGGCAGGUGGGGAAGGCUCCUCGGACCGCAUUCACUACCUCCACCAGAACAGAAAUGGUCGAGCUGGAUCUCCGAGUGAUGAGUUCCCUCCUCGCUCCCCGAGUCCCCGGUACAGAAGGUAUUCGGACUCGACCCCGACCAGGAGUCCGUCGCCGAUGCCGCCGGGCGAGGAUUUCGAUGAAGUGGAUAGCAAGGGCCCGCGCAAGACGAAGUCGGUGUCGUUCCACUCGCACACCAACUGGAAGAGCGACAGGAAAAUCCAAAGUGGUAAGUAUUUUCGCUGCUCAUAUGUUGUGGCAUGCGAAAAAGGCAACCCUGCACCCGUGGAUUACUCUGGUCGAGAGUUGGAAAGAGAUAUCAAAGCUGGCAUCACGCACCUUCAAGACGGUGGCUGA